CCUUGCCUUUUGGUCUUUCUUCAUCUUCCUUGUUUCAGCGCGUGUUGAUUGUGGUUUCGGUGAUGAGCUCGCAGAAAGGCAACGUGGCUCGUUCCAGGCCUCAGAGGCACCAGAAUACGUUUAGUUUCAAAAAUGACAAGUUUGAUAAGAGUGUUCAGACCAAGAAAAUUAAUGCAAAACUUCAUGAUGGAGUAUGUCAGCGCUGUAAAGAAGUUCUUGAAUGGCGUGUAAAGUACAGCAAGUACAAACCAUUAUCAAAGCCUAAAAAAUGUGUUAAAUGUUUACAAAAGACGGUGAAGGAUUCUUAUCACAUAAUGUGUAGACCAUGUGCCUGUGAACUUGAAGUCUGUGCAAAGUGUGGAAAGAAAGAAGACAUUGUUACACUGUUUAAUAAAGAACCAGAAAAGACAGAAAAUACUGAAAAUAAUGUACGUUCCAAGUACAGAAGAAGCUGCAGCAAAAAUGAAGAAAAAAGUGAUGAAGAUUUAGAUUUUGAUAUUGAUUUAGAUGACUCAGAAGAUGACAAUCAAACAAGUGAGCAUAACUGAAUCAGAGUUUGAAAAUAUGAAAUUCUUAACAACUUUUGACUGUUACAGUCAUACUUUCACAAAAAAUUACUGUGAAAUCCUAGUGAGGAAAUCGGAAAAACCUAUAAAAAAUGGCAACAUUUAUACAUGGACAAUAUAAAUUGUGUAUAUUUGAAUAACUAUAAAACUUUCAUCUAGAGUUUUCUUAUAAUAAUUUCUUAAGUAGCAUAUGCUAACAUAUCUGCCCAAAUGAGCAUUGAGUUAUGUUGCCGUUCAUGGGAAUUAUUUAGAAAAGUACACAAAGUAAACAAGAUUCAGUUUGAUGGUUGUGUAAGAACUAUCUCAUGGAAAAAUCAGACAACAUUAUUAUAUAAGUAGCCUCAAAAGUUGGUACUCAUUAUGUACCUUUUGAUAAAUUGAUCUCAAGUAAAUGGCCUACGUAGUAAGAGCUCCUUUCUUUUGUUUGGUUGUUAUAAAGCAAAAUAUUUAUUUCUAAAAUAAUAAUGUUUAACAAAUAUAUAGCAAUUUUUCUUUGAAAGUAUUUUUAUAUACCUCAUCAUAUUUUUUAUCAUUUCUUUUGUGAAAUAUACAUAUGGAAAAAUGCAUAAAAUAUGUAUGUAUAGUUUAAUAAAUAAUUAUAAAGAUAAGUCAUACAUAUCUAUCACCCAGAUGAAGAAACUGAAACUACUCCUAAACAGUAUAAAUUAGCUUUGUUUGAUUUUUUUUUCUAUUUUGAAAAUCUUAAACAUGAAGAAAAAUAGCAAAAUAGUACAAUGAACUUUUGUACUCCUCACCUAGGUUCAUAUUUAACAUUUUGCCAUGUUUUCUUUGUAUCUGAAUGUAUGUUUUGUAUCUAUAUAUGGACAUGGAUGUAUAUUUUAUUUGCUGAACCAUUUGAAAAUAAGUGGCAGGCAUUGAUUUUAAACUUUUCAUGAACAAAUUUAUACUAUCCACAUUAAUUUGUAUCUCUUUAUUUCAUUAUUAUGAAAUUUGUGAAAUUGAUCCAUGUUGUUGCAAGAGCUCUGAUUUGUCCAUUUUACAUGACUGUGUUUUAAUCCAUUUAAUCCAUGCAUACUACAAUUUAUACUCUCUAAUAUUGAGGAACAUUUGAGUUAUCUUAAUUUUUUUCUAUUAAAAACAAUACUUCCGUGAA